GAACUUCCGGGUCACUGUAAUGGCGGCGUCCAUGGGUGUGACGAUGGCCAAUUUGGAGGCGGAUUUCCCCCGUGGGGGGGCGCAGAGGAAGCCCUCUCAGACCAAGGGCAGCGCCAAGGAGGAGGACCUGUUUAGACUCCAACAGGAGCUCAAGAAGAAGAAACCAAAGAAGAAGGUAUCAAGACCAGACAAAGAGAAGAAGCCAAAGAAAGCAGUGUGCGGCUGGUCUCAAACAGGCCCUAGGAAACUGGCCGAGCUCCUCAGCUUUAGGAGGCUGACCCCAGGCUGGCUGAUGCUGGGCUGUGUGAAGGAGGUGACUGACUACGAGCUGGUGAUGGCGCUGCCCCACGGGCUGACCGGCUAUGUGGGUGUGGCCAACAUCUCCGAUGCCUACAGCCAGCACCUGAGGGAGCAGGUGGAGGAGGAGCUACCACAGGCUGUGAUACCCCUAACGGAGCUGUACCACCCGGGCAUGUUGCUACGCUGUGCUGUGACUGAGUUGGGAGUCACCAGGAACAAACACAACAGCUUGAAGCUCUCCAUCAAUCCCAGGGAAGUCAACAAGGUGCUGUCUGCAGGGGCCCUGAGGGCAGGCAUGCUGCUGGCAGGCUGUGUGGCCAGUGUGGAGGAUCAUGGGUACCUGAUGGACAUCGGAGUGAAAGGCACCAAAGCUUUCCUACUGAGUGAGAGAGCACAGGAGUACAUCCAACUCAGCAACCGGGGGCUUCCCCUGCGUGUGGGCCAGGCUCUUAGCUGCCUGGUGCAGGGAGUGAAGAACAGCGGCAGGAUUGUCCAGCUCUCACUCUCCCCGGCUGAGCUGCGAGCAGCGACCGCUACCACCCAGCAGGGCUGGAGCCUGGGCAGCCUGCAACCUGGUCUCCUGCUGCAGGCCGAGGUCACCAAGGUGACCCGGCGUGGGCUGAUGCUGCGGUUUCUGGCUGAUUUCUCGGGCUCCGUGGAUUUUCUGCACCUGGAGCCAGGAGAGACGUACUGCAGGGGGCAGACAGUGAGAGCAUGUGUGCUGUAUGUGCAGCCUGAUGGUCAGCAGGUGGGACUGAGUGUGCGAGGGCUGCUGCUGCAGCCCGGGACUGUGCUGCCACUGACCACCUCACACCAGCUGGGGGAGGUGCUGAACAGCUGCACACUCACCGCCUACCACACCGGGGCCGGAGCCACCUUUCACUUCGGCCACGGCCACCUGGCCUUCGCUCACAGACGCCACAUGUUGGAACCUUCAGCGCGGUUUGCGGCCCGGAUGUUCCCGGAAGGCUCUGAGCACCGUGGCCGGAUCCUGGAGCACAUCCCACUGGAGCAGAUAUUCCUGAUCUCCCUCAGGCCCUCCGUUAUUGAAGCCCAAUUUCUGACCUAUCACGACAUCCAGGCAGGACAGCUGAUAAAGGGGACGGUGGUUUGCCUGGACGCGCUGGGGCUGAGGGUGAAGGUGACUGAGCACAUCCAGGGGCUGGUGCCCACCCAACACCUCGCCGAUGUCCCCCUCAAACACCCAGAGAGACUCUACAGUCAGGGCAGCGAAGUCACGUGCCGGGUGCUGUCGGUGGAGGCGGGAUUGCGGAGGUUGACCCUGACGAGAAAGAAGACGCUGGUGAGCUCGCAGUUGCCGCCGUUGCUAAGCUACGCCGCGGCGGUGCCCGGCAGCCAGGCUCACGGCCACAUCGUGUGUGUCAAGGAUUUUGGCUGCAUCGUCCGCUUCUACAACAAGGUCCGCGGCCUCCUCCCCCGUCACCAGCUCAGUGCGGAGCCCAGUGCGGCCCCCCAGGACAGCUUCUACACCGGUCAGGUUGUCCGGGUGACGGUGUUGAAGUGUGACGUGGCCCAGGAGAAACUGCUGCUCACCCUGCGAGACAGCGGAGACGUCACAGCACAGCCUGGGGCGGCCGGCAACACCGGCACUGCAGCCCAGUACCACACCGGGGAGAUUGUGGAGGUGGAGGUGGUAGGGCGGAGUGCAGAGGGCCUACAGGUGUGUAUCGUGCCAGGGGCAGUGCCCGCUGUGCUGCCCACCAUCCACCUGUCUGACCACCCACUGACCUGCCCACUGCUUGGCGACUGGCUGCAGGCGGGUGACCGGCUGGGGAGAGCCAUGGUGCUGAGCCAGGCCCGUGGGCACAUUAUACUGACCAGGAAACCCUCUCUGCUCACCGCAGCCGAGGAGCAGGGGCUGGUCACUGACUUUGAAGAGCUGCAGGUGGGGAUGCAGUUACUGGGCUAUGUGAAGAAUAUUGUGCCGUACGGUGUGUUUGUGGCGUUCCCGCACGGGCUGGUGGGUCUGGCUCCCAAAGCGGCCAUGUCUGACAAGUUUGUGACGGAGCCCAGCGAGCACUGUGUGUGUGGGCAGACAGUGGUGGCUAAGGUGACGAGUGUGGAUGAGGAGAAAAGGCGAGUGCUGCUGUCACUCAGGGUGUCGGAAUGCAGUGAGGGGAGUGAGGGUUCGGACAGCCUGAAGCCACUCACACUGUACCUCGGGGAUCAGCAGCUCCUGCGCUCUGUGUUG